AUGACCAUUAUUAUCACUCGCUACUCACACACCAAAAUUAUUCAUCUCAUCAGCACCUUUCCCUUCUCAAUUACCCAAAUCCUUAGACUCUUUUCUUCGAUCCCACUCACUUGUGAACUCCAAAACCCUCAAAUUCACUUUCCUUUUUCUCUCACACUCUAGGGUUGCGUUUUCCUCUGUUCUGUGCUGACGUGUCCUUCGAUUCUUCAACUAUGCUCACUCUCUCACAUUCUAUAUUUGCUGUUAAGCUUCUCUGCCUCUGAAUUUUCCCUCUCCUGAAACGACGUCGUUGCUUUCAGCAGCAGCCAUGGCUGCGCCGUCGCAUUCGAGCGGCGACGCUUGCACCGCUGAAUUUCCGGUGGGUCUCCGCGUUCUCCUCGUCGACGAUGACGCUGCCACUUUGAAGAUUAUCGAGCAAAUGUCUAUUCGCUGCCGUUAUCUCGUUACUGCAUGCACUGAGGCUACUGUUGCUUUGAAUCUUCUGCGGGAAAGGAAAGGUUGUUUUGAUGUGGUACUGAGUGAUGUUCAUAUGCCUGACAUGGAUGGCUAUAAACUCCUUGAACAUGUUGGGCUGGAAAUGGACCUUCCUGUUAUUAUGAUGUCUGCUGAUAGUACAACAAGUGCUGUUAUGAAGGGAAUCAGACACGGGGCUUGUGAUUAUUUGAUUAAGCCUGUACGUGAGGAAGAAUUAAGGAAUAUAUGGCAGCAUGUUGUUAGGAAAAUGUGGAAUGAAAACAAAGAACAUGAUAAUUCAGGCAGUGUGGAAGAUAAUGAUAGGAAUAAACGGGGGAAUGAUGAUGCUGAAUAUACUUCUUCUGUUGCUGAUGCAGCAGAAGUAGUUAAAAUACCAAAAAAGAGAAGCAGUUUAAAAGAAGAAGAUGAUCUUGAAUUGGAGACUGAUGAUCCUGCUACAUCUAAGAAGCCCCGUGUAGUGUGGUCAGUGGAGUUACAUCAACAAUUUGUUAGUGCUGUUAAUCAACUUGGGCUUGACAAGGCAGUGCCGAAGAGAAUACUAGAAUUGAUGAAUGUCCCGGGUUUGACAAGAGAAAAUGUUGCAAGUCAUUUACAGAAAUUUAGACUUUAUUUGAAGCGAUUAAGUGGAGUGGCACAGCAACAGAAUGGGAUGCUAAACACAGUUCCUGGAACUAUAGAGUCCAAGCUGGGUGCUCCUGGAAGAUUGGACAUACAAGCUUUGGCUGCUGCUGGUCAUGUUCCCCCUGAAACACUUGCAGCCCUUCAUGCUGAGCUCUUAGGUCGCCCAGCAACUAACAUAAUUACUACAGUGGACCAGACUGCCCUACUGCAAGCAUCCAUUCAGGGGCCAAAACAUUCCCAUGUUGAACAUGCUGUGGCAUAUGGUCAGCCUCUUGUGAAGUGUCCUUCCAACAUUGGCAAGAAUUUUCCUCCAUCUAUCGUAACUGUAAAUGAUACAUCAUCAGGAUAUAGUGCAUGGCCGUCAUCUAAUAAUACAGUUGGUUUGGUGGGACCCAAUAGUAACAUUGAAAGGGUGGCUGUUCAGAACAAUGUGCUGAUGGAUAUAUUACAGCAGCAACAAAUGCAGCAGCACCAGCAAAAACAACAGCAACAAGUGCAGCAGCAGUCACUGGUACCUGAUCAAAGUCAUUCAAUCAAUGUUCAACCAUCUUGCUUGGUGGUACCCUCUCAAUCUUCAGAAACUUUCCAGGCAGUAAAUCUUGCUUCUGUCAACCACGACUGCAGUUUUGGCAGGAAUGCCAUUAUUGAUUAUAGUGUAUUGUCACAAAAAUCAAAUAAUCCAUUGAGUGCAUCUAAAUUUCCUGGUGGGGACACCAAACCACAAGGUGUUCUCUGUGGGUAUACUGCACCCUCCAUUUGUUCCAUGGGCUCCAGCAAUAAUAGCAAUAUUCAGCACCUUCAAAACUCAAUUUUGACAUUUGGUUCCACAAGACCUUUGCCUGGCCUUUUGCCCACGUCUGAUAGACAAGAUCCCUAUGGUUUUAAAUCAGGUGAUUCACUUGAUCAAGUAUCUCUUAGGAGUAUUGGAUUUAUUGGCAAAAGCACUUGUAUUCCAAGUAGGUUUGUGGAAAAUGGAACUGAAUCAUCUGUAAGUGAUUUAAGUCAAAUGAAACUAGAUGGAAAUAGCAGUGGCAACUCACUGAAGGAGGAACCAAAUUUUAUCAAUAUUCCAAAAGUGAGCUACCCAAUCUUACAAAGAUAUCCAUCUCAGUAAUCAUUCAAGCAUGUUCACUGAAUAGGUUGUAAUGUUAGGUGAGGAGAAGGCCUUUCCACAAAGGUACAGAUUGUUUCCUCUUCAAUUGUUUAGAAGAUGAGUAAGUUGUAGUGCUGCUUUCUUGGUAUCUGUCUGCACUCUGCACCAUUCUGCGGUUCAUUUUAGAGCACAAUGAAGACUGACUGUGUAUAAAGGAUAGUAUUUAUGGGUGUUAGUUUACGCCUUAGUAGCUGCACAUGUAUGUAGGAAUGUUUAUAAUCUAUCCACUAGUUUGUAGGGGAAUAAAUUUUUUUCUAACUUUCAACUGUAUGAAUUGAUGGCUUUUUACGGCAAAAUGUUAUUUAGGUCUACUGUUUAUAAUGUUAAAUACUUGGUAAUUAUCUUAUGAAAAUUGUUUAAAUUGUGUGAUAUCUAGACAUAAUAAUGGUCUUCUUACCACCUUUGUAUGUCGUACUAAGUACUUAUAGGUAUUGAGAAUUUUUAAUAUGUAUUACAAUUUACAAUUUUUGCCCUUUACUUUUUCAAUCCUG